AUGGAAGACACAGACCCUGCAGCGGCUUCUCGCACCCAAACUCGCCAGCCAAAAAAAAGAUUCGUCGGCAGACGCACAGCAGAUGCACAGUCACAGAAUGAGGCUUCAACAAACAGUGACACCACGGUCCAAAAAGCAACCCCAAGAAGAGCACCAAGGACUCUCAAUCAUGUCCCACCAGAGAUUUCUGAAAACCCCGAUAUCCUUGCCGCCGUCGAGCUUCUACCAAAGAAUUACUCCUUCGAGAUCCCCAAGACGAUACACCGGAUUCGCACCUUGGACGCCAAACGAGUUGCCUUGCAAUUUCCCGAGGGGUUGCUCCUCUUUGCAACCACGAUAUCAGAUAUCCUGACAGAAUUCUGCCCAGGCAUCGAGACCUUGAUCAUGGGGGAUGUGACAUAUGGGGCCUGCUGCGUCGACGACUAUACUGCGCGAGCACUGGGCUGCGAUCUCCUCGUCCAUUACGCACACAGCUGUCUGGUUCCCGUUGACGUGACAACUAUCAAGACUCUGUACAUCUUUGUCGACAUCAGCAUCGAUACUUCCCAUUUGAUUGCGACGCUUGAACGAAACUUCCAGCCAGGCAAGACAAUCGCCACUGUGGGCACGAUACAGUUUAACGCCACGCUGCAUGGUCUCAAGCCGGUGCUCGAACGCGCGGGCUUCAAAGUUGUCAUCCCGCAAAUCAUGCCAUUGUCAAAGGGAGAGAUCCUAGGCUGCACAUCCCCCCAGCUGUCCGACAAGGAAGUCGACGCUCUUCUCUACCUCGGAGAUGGCCGUUUCCAUCUCGAAUCUGCAAUGAUUCACAACCCAUCCAUACCGGCAUAUCGAUAUGACCCUUACUCGAGAGUUCUCUCCCGAGAAACAUACGAACACGAGGAGAUGCACGAUCUACGUCGCGAUGCUAUCAAAUCCGCCAAAUCCGCGAAGAAAUGGGGCAUCAUAUUGGGUGCGCUUGGUCGCCAGGGAAACCCACACACUAUGACUUUAAUCGAAAGACACCUUCAAGACCAGGGCAUACCGUUUGUCAAUCUGUUGCUCAGCGAGAUCUUCCCUGGAAAGCUUGCGUCCAUGGCUGAUGUGGAGUGCUGGGUGCAAGUAGCUUGUCCGCGGCUGAGUAUCGAUUGGGGUUAUGCAUUUUCCCGCCCUCUGCUGACGCCUUACGAGGCACUGGUUGCCCUGGGCGGGAGAGAGGGCUGGGACCAGGUCAAUAAUGGUGUUUACCCCAUGGAUUACUACGGAAAAGAAGGUCUUGGGCGCACUCGACCGGCACCACGAACCUCUGUUGCUUGA